AAAAAAAAAACGUAAAAGAUUGAAUCCUGUUAGCGGAUCAUUGGAUACCGGCGUAUCCGCUCCGUCGGGAGGUUUUGGGUUUCCCGCCCUCCGCGUGAAUAAAUGCUUGUCAAGCUCUAUAACACAUUUUUUUAUUCUACAGUUCUACCAAAAAAAAAAAAAGCAUUUUUAUUCCACAGACUCCUUGCGUCUUGCUUAUUUGGUACAUCCUUACUCUCAAGCACGGCUGAGGUUUGUGUUCGUCACUCCCAUGGCUGCUGCUUUUCCUUCUGCUUCAGAUCCGGACAUCAGCAAGAACACAACCACUUCCUCAUUUUCUAAAACAGUUUAUUUGGUCGAUUGGUGGUUAAUUAAAACGGAAAAGGAUUUAUGCGGAAAGAGGUUAGCCGUUGGAGGAAUCACGUCGAAAGGGCAACAAGCAGUUCGAGUCUUUUCCUCUUCACCAAUUUUCAAGAGACAUGACGCAUUCACUCUUGAGACAGCUGAUGGAAUCUCCGUAUUGGUCAAGGGCCUUAUUAAUAGAGAUCGCACACUUCAAAAUGGGUUCCCCCCUGAGGUCUGCAGUCAUUUCUUGUUUGGAUUUCCUUAUGAUUGGGAGGCUUAUUCGGGUGAAUGUUUUCAUAGAGAAUCCUCCAUCACAAGUGUUCUUUUGACCAGCCCUGUUUAUGGAGAAUGGAAAGGCGAUGUGACGAAUAAUGAAGAAAUAUCAAAUUCUGGGAACUGUAACUGUGAGGCUGUUGAGGAUGAGGCUCCUUCAGUACCGACAGGCUCUCAUGUAAAAAAUAUUAGUCCGUCAAAGGUCAAUGUCUUGGUGCAACUUGGAUCUUCUGCAAAUUUUCCUGCAAUAUCAUCUAGAAAGCUGAGGGUCUCAAACGGAAAGGGGAAACAUAGCAGAAAAAUCAAUGAUGAAGAUGGCUCAAAGGGUAAAGGUGAGGUUAUAAACAAAGAUCUUGAUGAAGAGGCAUUAAGUGGGGCUAAUAUCUCUGGUUUUGCUAGAGGAGGCCUUAAGGGAACUGCUGAACAAUCUUUGUUUGCCACACCAAAUGUUGUGCUUUCCAAAAUUUCAGAAAGAAGCAGCUUAAAUCCCAUGGCAAUAACUGGUUUAAAAAUGAAUGGUAGUUCUCCAUCUGAUGUUAAACAAAAUAAAUAUCCUGAUAGAAGAGUAAGUGACAGGUUGAAAAAUCUAAAAAGUAACAAGAAAGAGAAUUCAGGUUCUCUCUUUUGUGUAACAAAUGAAGACAAGAAACCAAAUUCUAUGUUAGAGACCUUGGAGAACCCAACUGGAGAAAAGUUGGCUGCUGGAAAGAGUGAACCGACGAAAAUUCCUUCUGGGCGCAAAACAAACAGUUCUAAGGGAAUUUCUCAUCACUCUGGAACCAGAAAAUCAAGUUAUGGUCAGAGGAUCUGGAUUAAUAAAUUCGAUAAUGACCAAGCAACUGACCAUUGUCUUGAAACUGAAACUGAUGAGGUCAACCCUGUCUCAGUGGAUUCUGUAUUGGUAAAUAAUAGUACAAAAGCUACAAGUCACAAAUCAAAGGGUAAAAGUGCCCUCGAUCUGCCUGAUGUUGGUCUUAAAGAGAUAAAGGUUGAGGAAGUAGACAGUAUGUAUCAACAACAUGGGACCCAGCUAGACAACAUGUCUUUUCCCUCCCCUGAAUCUGUUAAACUAGAGUAUCCGAGAGUUGCAGAUAAAGGCAAUGCAGAGACUACCAACCAAAAUGAAGACAAAAAACCAGAUUGUGUGAAAGGUACAGCGUGUGGUGGUGCAGAGAGUACCAACCAAAAUGAAGACUUCUGUCCUUGCAUUAUGACUGGUGAUGUGAAGCCCGCAAAUAGCUUAAAAGUCUCAGCUGGAGCGAGAGAAAGGAGCAGUGAAGAACUAAGUACAUCCGGAAAAAAACCAAAGAGGAAACUGGUUGACAAUCCACAUGCAUGUACUACUCGUUACAGGAUGGAGAAAUGUUCUAUUGUCUCCCCAGAAUCUCUCAGUAGUAGAAGAUCUAAAUUGGGGCGACUACUUCUUCCUCCUCUAGCUUUCUGGAAUAAUCAGCAAGUAGUUUAUGAUGCGGAUGGUCAUAUUACAGGAAUUCAGAAUGGCCUGCCAACAGGAGAAUCUUCUGCAGGAAGUAAAUCAGGGGCCAUGAAAAGGAAAAAGAAACUCAAAUGAGUUUUAGGGACAGUUCACCAUUCUCCAUUUGGAUCUUCUCCUGUAGAUUGUGUGUAGGUUUCUUGCUCUUGUUGAUAUGUAGUGGAUAAAAUUGUGGCAUUCCCCACCCCCUCUCUCUUCUUAGGUUCUGCUCGGAUGUUCGAUUUUGAGCAUUUUGACUACACGUGGCAUUUGUGAUAUAGUUGUUGCUUUCUGCCAUCAAAAUAUCAUGCUGGAAGCAGAGGAAUUGUUGUCUUCCCACCAAAAUAAAAAGCAUGCUCUCAGACAUGGUUUUAUGCAAUGUGAAGCAGGUACUGAUGUAUGUAUCUAUUUUAAAAGUGAUUUAGAAAUGAAAUUUGGUAGCAUGUUUUUUAUUUUUUA